AUGAUCGAUGAUUCACCUGACACACGACGGAUAUUCGUUGAAGAUUUGGCCACUGAGUCUGGACUUCAUAAAGUACGGCAAAUCGUCGAAACUGAUUUUGCAACGUCUUACAGCGUUUUGAUGCCGAUGUUCGAUACACACUGUGUUUUAUUCCUUCGUCUGGUCUCUCACGACGUAAUAUUGUCGUCACUUAUACUUGAGAAGGCUGUGGGAACGAUAUACAAUGUUAUCUACGGGCCAGGAGGUAAAAGGGGCAUUGCCUUCUUUGCACGAAUGACAGACUUUUUGACCCAGAUUGGAGCUGAUGGAUCACGGAGCGAGAUGCUACUUCUGGUUUCGAAAGCACUUCUUAGUACUAUAACCUUGAACCAGGAGGCUGCUAUACAAGCCGGCCUCAAAGGGAUCGUUGACAAACUCUACAGUUGUUAUCAUGCCCAGAACCCGAAGCCUGACGUUGGUGACCGCGACCUCCAGUUAGCGCAUGUGAACAUACUCAAGAUCAGGGAGAUUCUCUCUAUGGGAGACGCAAUCUCUGCCUUAAAUAUUGACAGAGCCGCGACUACACCCACGCAACAUUUCCCCGAGUUUGUCGUUGAUCUCCCCGGAAAAUUGUCCGAGCUCGGCCCUAGACAUGAUAACGACCAUUCCGCCAUUUCACGUAUUGAGAUCCUACCUACAAUUUCCGAAAUCCUCAGCGAUGAUGACCGACCCGAGUUUCUUCCCGCACGAUGCUCAGCUGAUACCCCCUUUCCACAUCAUGAAAGAGGCAUUCGUCGACUCCUCGAUACUCAGUUCCGUCUUCUGAGAGAGGAUACAUCCGGUGUGCUCCGUGAAAGUAUUAGGUUGAUAAUAAGUACGUGGGGGCUUAUUGUUCACGGCUCCGAUUGGCGACUGAAGCGCAAGUUUCUCCGCGAGAACAGUCCAACACCAAUUCGAGUGUACUCGGGGGCCGAGGUCUACGGAAUACGAUCAGAAUUUAGGGGAGUGGAAGUGGACAUAGAAUUUGACCAGCUACAUCGACUCAAGCAGAUGAGCCUGGCAAAGCGAAAGCAAUGGUGGAUCGAUUCAAAAGCUUUGAGAAAGGGCGGAACACUGUUGGCCCUGCUGGAUGCAGAAGAUCCGGAUGACGCAUCUGCAAUUUUCCUACUUGUAUCGAAAAGGGAGAUUAGCUAUGUCGACAAUGCCAAGCAGAGCCCCCUGAAGCCUAAUCGUGUCAGCGACGUCGUCAGCGAUGCCAACAGAGCGAUGGUCACACUGACGCUAGCGAAUCCAACUGAUUCGCGGGGCUUGCAAAGACUUAUUUCAUUCUCAACGAAUAGGCCCUUUGCAAGACCCCUAAUACUUGUUGAAUUUCCUGCCGUGCCAUAUAACUCUUUUGAGGGAGUUUUACGAUGCCUACAAAUAUUGCACGAACAUCCAGAACGCAUGCCAUUUUCUGCAUGGCUAGCUCCUAGUGUGGAUAACAUUGAGCUGAACGAGGCCCUAGAGAGCAGCCCCAACACCAACAGUAUCAGUAUACCGCCUCCGGAAUAUCUUCAAUCUGGGAUAAAUCUUGAUCUUUCUUGCCUUUCCCGUUGCAAAGAAAGCAGCGCCAAUAUACCUAAUCAACUGUUGUCUAUGUCUCUCUACCAGGACCCACGGGCAUUAGCAACACAACUAUCAAAAGAAACCGCUUUAGACGAAGGCCAAGCGGAUGCACUGGUUUGGUCUCUUAGGCGCAAGAUUGCGCUGAUUCAAGGCCCUCCAGGGACUGGAAAGUCGUACGUUGGACUGCAGCUCGCCCGAUGCCUGUUGCAUAACAAAUGCCUACUGGACUUGGGACCAAUAUUAUGCGUGUGUUACACUGCCCAUGCAUUGGAUCAGUUUCUUGAUGGCCUUCUGAAUUCGGGAAUUUCCAAUAUCAUAAGGAUUGGCCCGCGGAGUGCAUCUCCACAUAUCGAGGCCUUGUCUUUAGACGUGAAGAAGCAGGAACCGGGACCCCGAAUCCGAGGCCUUCCAAGGAUAAGGGACGAAUCACGAGGAAAGCUGGUUGUACUGGGUGGCAGGAUUCAGGAGCUGCUCCGAACUGCAGAGGGCGGCAACCUCAGUCUUGUUCUCAGACUUUUGAAGAGAAAGUUCCCUAUUCAAGCGAGAAGCAUGGUUUCUGAAUCUACUACUGAAGGAGAAACUGGCGCAAUAAAGAAGUGGGCUUCCGGAGACGCCCCUGGUGAUGGGAGCGAUGGCCAUUCUAAGCGUUCUAUUGAUCAACUACUUCAGGUGGACAUUUGGACGCUGAAGACCUCGGAGCGGAUUAAUCUUCUAAAUUACUGGCAGGAGACGGCUUUGGCAGAGCUUACGCAACAACUUUCAGCUCUUCUACGCGCCCAUUCAGUGGAAAAGCAAUGGCUUACCUCAUCCUACAAUCUGUCCGACUUGCAACGGCUGAAUGAGUCUCAAGUGGUCGGUGUAACCACCACUCAAUUAGCCAAUAACGCCGAUCUGCUACGUAAUCUUCAUGCCAAGGUGCUCAUAUGCGAAGAGGCUGCAGAAGUUUUAGAGUCGCAUGUUCUGACUGCGUUGAUACCUUCGAUCCAGCAUGCCAUACUAAUUGGGGAUCACCUACAACUGCGCCCUCGGAUCUCAAACCUCAAGCUGUCAAUGGAAUCAGAUGGCCCAGGGCUGAAGCACAACCUUGAUGAGUCACUCUUUGAGCGGCUUGCCAACUAUCGGUCUGGGGAGGUGAGACCGAAUAGCACGGAGAUGCAGACUAAUCCGGAGUACUCCUUCCCUGUCAUGCAAUUAAGCCAUCAACGACGGAUGCAUCCGUCAAUCUCGAGCCUUGUCCGGGAGACUUUAUACCCAAAGCUUCAAGAUCAUGCGACAACGGCUUCAUAUCCUGAUAUCCCCGGUCUUGAGCGAAGAUUGUUCUGGCUGGACCAUCGCCAUGCAGAGGAUCUCACUGACCCCGCAGAGCCAAUGCAAAGCAAGACAAACACCUGGGAGAUCGGCAUGGUAACCGCGCUGGUGAGGUAUCUCUGUCAGCAGGGAAAGUAUGGACCGGGUGAAAUUGCCAUUCUGACGCCAUACGUUGGGCAGCUGAGGAUGCUCAAGGAUGUGCUGGGAAAGGAAAUGGCAUUGAUCAUCAGCGAGACAGACUCGGACGCCUUGAACGAGUCGGAAGAGCUAGAAAUGCAAGAAGGGCCUGCCAUGAAUGGGAAGGGCAGAUGGUACACUAGGCAAGACAAUACCCGAAAGGGGUGCCUACUGGAUGUGCUCCGAUUAGCCACAGUAGACAACUUCCAGGGUGAAGAAGCCAGUAUAAUCAUCGUUUCUCUCGUUCGCAGCAACCGAUAUCAAAAUUGCGGCUUCCUCAAAAUGCCAAACCGGAUCAACGUUCUACUGAGUCGUGCGAAGCAUGGUAUGUACAUAGUCGGCGAUGCAAGUACAGCCUCAACCGCACCGAUGUGGUCAUCGGUCAUCCAACUGCUAGAAAAGGGCGCAAAUAUUGGUCCAAAGCUCGAGCUCCGUUGCGAUCGUCAUCCGAAUAACCGGUUUCAUGUCUCCUGUCCGAAUGAUUUCUCCAUACACGCGCCUGAAGGAGGGUGCGCGGAGACGUGUCGACUACGGCUGAACUGCGGACACAUCUGCAUGGUGAAAUGCCAUUCAGAGAGGCAGCACAAAGCAGUAAGGUGCAUGGAGUUAUGUACCCGAAUGAAGGAGUGUGGUCACGCAUGCCCUAGAAAAUGUCAUGAACCAUGUGGAGAAUGUAUGGAGAUGCUUUACAAUGUUCUCCUCCCGUGUGGGCAUAGAACCGAGCGUGUUGAAUGCAAGCGCAUGGGCAAUCUUGAAACGGUACGAUGCACACAGCAUGUUGUCCGCACAAUGAACCGUUGUGGCCACACAAUCAAGAUACGCUGCUUCGAGAACAGCGACACCAUGAGAUGCUCCAGCCGAUGCGAUAGUCCCCUGCUUUGUGGUCAUAAUUGUCGGAAUCUAUGCUGGCAAUGCCGACAUGGGGAGGGUGAUUCCUACCAUGUUGACCAUGGCCCUUGCCAAAGUCCAUGUGGGAGACCAUUCUCAACUUGCUCACAUGCCUGUCGCCAACCAUGUCAUGCAGGCACUGCGUGUCGACCUUGUGGCCUGGCCUGCGAAGUGCGUUGUAGACAUAGCCGCUGUGCAAAUAAAUGCAGUGAGCCGUGUCCCCCAUGCGCAGAGCCAUGUGGGUGGGGGUGCAAGCACCAAAAACGGUGUAAUCUACCAUGUGCCGUGCCUUGUAGCAACCUUCCCUGCAGUUUAAGAUGUGAGAAGAAACUCCCUUGUGGGCAUCAAUGCCCUGGACUUUGCGGAGAAAGGUGUCCAAAGUCUCAGUAUUGCCGAGAUUGCUGUGGACAGGAUAUUCUCGAGCGGUUUGUCGACGUGCUCGAUUUCAGGACAUACAAGGAAAUCGACGUCGAUAAGGAACCAUUGAUCUUUCUCUCAUGUGGCCACUUCUACAUCGCAUCCUCCCUGGAUGGUAUAAUGGAGAUAUCGCACCACUAUGAGAUAGAGCCGUCGACGCGUAAACUGAUCGCCCCAAAGACGACCUACCGAGUCCUGGAUUCCGGGCGCCCUAAAGGGUGUCCAGACUGCCGCACACCCCUCCGCGAUAUUGAUCGCUAUAAUCGGAUUACCAAGCAGUCAUUCCUCGAUGAAGCAACGAAAAGAUUUGCCAUUCAUGCAAAUACAACGUUUGGGAAUCUGGUGGGGGAGGUUGGCAAGCAUGAGAGGGAUAUGGAGGGCGAAAGGGCCAAGUUCGUCCGGAACUGGUCGCAGAAAGCAGUCGAAAAAAAUGAUGUCAAUCAGGUCAAACUCUCAGUUGACGCCUAUCGCAGAAGUGGAAACAGACUCCUUAAGCGGAUCAAAGACUUUACUAAAUCUGUGGCUAAAUCCGAACAACCAUUUGGGAGGGUGAACAGUAUCUUUGCGUCUGCAGCGGCGAGAGGACGUGCCAUGCCUGCUACCUCCUUUCAAUUCAACGAGUCGGAUAUUCAGACGGGGUUUCAAUCACGCGGCCAUGUUCUUAACCUGCGACUCAACUGGCUUCUUUUAUUGGAUUUGCAUGGAAUCUGCAGCAACAAGACCAUUGACCCAGGCAUCCGGGAUACUCUUGGACAAGUGGUCAGGGCCCAGAUCCCGAGCCUUCUGAUCAAAUGUCUAGGUUUAGCGAGCUACUGCCAGGAAGCCAGAUUCCUGCAACAGGAAGUUGAAUCCCGUAUCUAUCAUGUCCAAUUCUCGAUGCUAUCUCUUAGCAAUUUCCAAGCACAGGGUAGCCCGGUUCAUGGGGCUACCGAGGCCUUGAUUCGUGCAAAGGCGCUCGAGGAUUUGGAAGCUUGUGAUCAGAUGUGUUUGCGUCACGAGAGGAUUCUGUGGUCGUUGCGCGAGGACAUUGGCCGAGCAAGGAUACUGGUCAAAGGUGGGACAUUCUACAGCUCCGUGACCACGGAAGAGAGACGCCAGGUCUAUGAGGCCAUGGCGUUGCAGUUCAGUGGGACCGGCCAUUGGUACUACUGUGAAAACAAUCAUCCGUUUACGGUGGGAGAGUGCGGCAUGCCGAUGGAGGAAGCUCGCUGCCCGCAGUGUGACGCGCCAGUGGGCGGGAUCAAUCAUCAGCCUGCACCGGGGACUCGUAGAGCAGAUGACAUGGAUGUGGAGUUUGGUUCUGACCUGCGAGAGCCAGAGUUUGAUGGUGUUUAUUGA